GAGGACCUGGACCGCAACGGGAAAAUCGACGUGGACGACGCCGCCGGCACGGUCCACCUGAGGGAGAAGCAGAAGGGGUGCGGCUGGUACAUCCCGCCGCCGAAGAAGCCGAAGCCCGGCGGGCGGGGCCGCGGCAGCCCGCGCGGGGGCGCCGCUCGGGCGAGAAGGCCGCCGUCGCCGCCGAGGGGCGUGCGCAGCAGGAGAGGACCCCUCGGAGAGGCGGCAGCGCCUGGCCAUGGCCGCGCACAACCAGCUGGAGGAUCCGAUCUGCGCGGCGCCGUCAUGGGGCGGCUGCGCGCCCUGCGCCAGGACAUACCGCUGGACCUGAACAGGU